AAGCCUGAUGAACCUCCAAAGGUUUGUUUAAAGUUGACUCCAUUGCAAAGUGUUGUGGCCAAGGAGGUCUAUGCCAGAGUUGAUUUGAUCAUACAGUACACAGCAGACUAUCCUAAUCGGCAAGUAUACAGACUCCUUUUAAUUUUUUUACAAUCCUAAGUAGAUAAAGGGCAAGAACAAAGCAUUUAAAAUAUGAAAUGUAGGAAUCAUUAAGUUUUUAACCCUUUCACUCCCACAAGUGAUCAAGACAGAGUUUCUCCUCACAAUAUCAAUACAAUAUCAAGCAGGCAGGUGAUGAGAAUAGAGAAGAAUAUCAAUUAUGGGAUUAUUAGUUGAUCUAAUACCAAAUUCUCUGAACUAACAUCAUCAGAAUUGUAUGGCAGAUAGUAAGGAGAAUUACCAAUUAGAUCUUGGGAACGAAAAGGUAAGUGAAAAGGUACCCAUUGAAGGCUUGGAAGGCAGUAAAGGUAACAUACCGGUAGUGCUGAUUCUUGUAUCAUGAUGGAUUGCUCUGUGUCAUUUUUAGGAGUCCAAAGCUGUCUAUGUGCAAUGCUGAAGGUAUUUCAGAGGAAGAUGUUAAUAAGCUUCAAACUGAGCUUCGCAAAAUGGCUGCUGAUCUUGUUGGUGAGGUG